AUAUUUAUUGGCAUAAAAUUAUUAAUGUAGAACAGUUGAAGAGCAAGUCAAUUAGGUAAAUAAAUAGGUGAAGUUCAUUAAAAAUUAAUCACUAAUAACAUUAGAUAAUGUCUCAAUUUCCUAAUAUAUAUUCUGAACAUGAAACCUAUGAUGAAGGAAAUAAAAAGUUUGCCAUGGAGUUGGAAUUUAUACGAACUAUGUUAGCGCAAGAAAAUGUUCAGAAUUAUGAACCAGAUGUACUAACCCAUUUAGCAGACUUUACAAACAAUUAUAUUUUGCAAAUAAUUGAAAACGCUCUAGUCUUUAUGAAUCUUAUGGAUAGAAAAAAUAUUCUGAUAUCUGAUGUAAAAUUAGCUCUAGAAGUUAUGCACAAACAGGCUGAAAGUAGUAAAAGAUUGUCUUUUCAGGAUUUAAUGGCUUUAUCAAAGGUCCACAACAGGUCUAAAGUAUUUUAUAAUCGUGAAUUUUAUGGAUUGCCUAUACCAGCAGACUCGAUAAAUAAAAAUAAUUAUAAAAUGCGAAACAUACACAACUUAAAGUAUGGAACUUCUGUAAGUCCCAUGGUUGAUAUAACAAAUAUGCAGACACAAAUUUCUAGCCUUGAUACUAAAAAGCAGAUAAAGUUGCAAGGGCAUGUCUCAUCUACAACAAAUAUUCCACCAAAAAUUGUAAUAAAACCACAGUUUCAAACACCAAAUACAGUUUAUUUAAAGCAAAUGAAAAUGGAGAUAGACCCAUAAAUGUUUCACUGUGACAUUCUUUGUUUU